AUGGCUUCUCCUCUCAUCCGCUUCUGUGUUGCUCUUUCGAUCUUCGUCCUCGCCGUCCAAGCAGAACAGAUGCUUGCAAUUGCUCCUGUGACGGCUCUUGCACGUCGGGAAGGCUCUGGUAAACGACCACAAUUUGGUCACUGUCCGGCGGCUACUCAGACCUUAUGCCCCGAUCAUGUCGGCUGUUGCCCAAGUGGCGCCGCAUCCACCCAUUCUCGUGGUAUUCCUGUUUGCGAUGAAUCAUGCAAAGGGGGCCCCAGCUGCCCACUAGGCGGUUGCUGUCAAAUUGGCUACGUUUGUGGAACAUCCAAUAACUUUUGCACUCCUGCGCCGCCCGCUCAUCCUCAACAUGCGAUCGAAGCACCUGUGACUACUACCGCCUCUGACCCUGUCGUAAUCCUUUCUACUCCGGCACCAAGUGCAGUGGAGUCCGCCCCAGAUACUAUUAAAACCGUAUCGACUACAACGACUACGCCGAAACAAGCUUCUCACGAACUGCCUCAUGAGACCGAGUCAACUGGUUCGACUACCAUCAAAGCCAGCAUACCAAUUGUCCAAGCAUCCUCUCCUCAUCGCUCGGGUGGUGCUAUCGCAACAUCUACCACUGCCACUGCCACUGCACACGAUGGCUCAAAAUUCGUCGGCACAGUUAGUGGCGCGGAGACAAAAGGGUCCAGUCCAUCUGCCCAGGCAUCUAGCUCUGGGGCGACCUUCAUAUUCAUGAGUGGCACAUUUCUGGUCGGAAUUUUACUGGGCACGUUUUUUAUUGUGUUUUAA